GAAGAAGAAGAGCAGACGUGUUGAGUUGUGCGUUGUUGCUGGGAGGAAAAAAAGCAAAACACAAACACAAACGAGAGACACAGUGAAGGACAGGUACGCAAAGGGAGACGAACAAACAAGGGACCUCGGCGGCAUAAGCAGAGAAGGGAGGUACCAGCAUGGACGAGGACGGCAUCUACAGCAUCCAGCGUGACCUGGAGAACCAGUUUGAUGAUGCUGAGGACAUGAGCGCGGCCAAUGCUGGCCUGGAUCGCACUGCACCGCCUCGCAUCGAGUGGUUCCAUGGUCAGAUGGCCCGUGAAGAAGCCAGCCGUAUGCUUGGCGCCAAGCCGCCUGGCACCUUCCUUGUCCGCGAGUCCAUCACCCACGUCGGCGACUACAUCAUCAGCUUUCGAGUCGAAUCCGGUGUCAAGCAUUUCAAGGUCAUUGCGCACGAGCUGGGUGACUUCUUUGUUGCCGACCUGUGCUUCUCAUCCCUCGACGAUGUCGUGGACAACUUCUACCGCUUCCCGCUCAGCGACGGCAGAGUGCUUGAGUUUCCACUCCACCCUUUCAACACCACCCAGCUGCGUGCUGUUGAACGCACGGCCAUCGCCACCAAGCGGCAUCAGGCGCAGUCGCCAGAAGAACUCUGUUUUCUGCAGGGCGACCGACUGAAGGUGCUGCAAGCAGACGACCCCGUCUGGUACUUCUGCGAGCACGAGACAAGCAAGCAGCAGGGAUGGGUGCCGGCACAGCUGCUUCAUGACUUGCCGUCUGGGGCGCUGGAGAAGGAGGCAAUUUCGCGGUGCCAGCUGCCACCACGCAUGCAGCGCAAGCACUGGCUGCACGGGCGCAUCAGCAGCCAGGACGCAAAGGCAAUCCUCACCAAGCACAAGCCGGGCGCAUUUCUGAUCCGCGAGAGCUCGUCCACCCCUGGCGACUUCACCCUCUCCUUUCUGAGCGGGGACAAGAUGGUUGAACACUUCCGCAUUGGUGUUGCGGACUUUAUGGACUACCAGCUCGGCGGCCGGCACUUUGGAUGCCUUGAGGACAUUGUGCUGCACUACACCGAGAAGCCGCUCACCAAGGACCUCACCCUCAAGUACCCUGUCCCACCGGAGCGCGGUUACGGCGAAUUUGAUGUCGAGGGCGCAGAGUACAGCGAUCCCGACUCGCAGCGCGGCCCGCCAAAGCCCGUCAGCAGAAAGGACACGGAACGCGUUCAGGGCGCAACUGCCGCAAAGCAGCAACACACGGAGGGUGACGGCACCUAUGGCAUGUCCGGAUUUCUCACGCGCAAGCUGAACAAGUCCAACAAGUGGAAGCGGAUGUUCUUUGCGCUGGAGCCCGCCAAGCGGUAUCUGCAUGUGUUUGAUUCGCAGACUGCCGUCAAGCCCAAGCACAUCUUCGACCUCUCCUCCACCUCCCUCUACUCCCUCGAUGACUCGUACCACGGCAGGCCGUACUGCUUCCAGCUUGUGCUGAGCUCGAGCUGUGUGGACAUCUGCUGCGACAGCGACGAGGAGCGGCUGUCGUGGAUGCAGGCACUCUACCGCUACUGCUACGCGUGCAGCGUCGUCCUCGCAAAGCCAAGCCCGGCCGCCGUCAACAGAAUCACAAACCUGCGCGUUGUUGUUCGGGAGGUGAAGGGACCGAUCAAAGGAUCGCAGAUGCAGUGUCAGCUGCUCUUCAACCACGUGAAGCAAGCCCGCACAUUCUUGCGUCAAGUCAAGGACAAGGCGUGCUACUUUGGCGACGAAUUCUUCUUUCCGAACCUGAGCGACAUUGUGACGUCACUGCAACUGGAGGCAUACGAGAAGAAGAAAACAAAAGUCCCCAUCUGCCAGAUGAAUGUCAACAUUGCCGACCUGCCGAAGAAUGCAAAGCGCGACAAUUGGGUCGAAGUUGGCAACGGCUUCUCCGUUCGCCUCGAACUGCACCUGCAAGACGAGAUUCAACUGCCGGCGGGCGAGUACGUUCCGCUGAAGAAAUUUUUCAUCACGCAAGCAACAGACAUCCUCCCCUUCCUCUCCGACAUCUUCAAGCUCAAGUUCAAGGACAUGGCCAAGCACCUUGUGCGCCUGUGGGAGCAGAACAACGUCGCUGCUGAACGCCUCACCAGCCUUGCCGAGCUCGUGAUCAAUAGUGAAGAAAGCGUGGGUACCUUGUUUCGUGGCAACACGCUUGCCAGCAAGUGUAUGGAUCAGUACAUGAAGCUGGUUGCAAUGCCGUUCCUGCAGUCGUGCAUUGAGGAGCCAAUCAAGGAGCUGUUUGAGAGCAAGGCGAGCUUUGAACUCGACCCAAGUCGAGGCGGCAAGGACGACAAUCUCAAACCGCUUGAGUACUUCCUCAAACGCAUCAGCGCCUGCACCUUCAAGAAGGCCGACCAGUGCCCAGGCAAACUUGCCCUCGUCCUGCACAAUAUUCGCAAGGCGGCAACAACCAAGUUCCCCGACAGCCCACUCGUUGCGUUUACAUGUGUCAGCGCGUUUGCGUUUCUGCGCCUCAUCUGCCCGGCCAUCAUCAACCCCAAGCUCUUCAACAUGAUGCCAGACUUCCCGUGUGAGCGUACGGCGCGCAACCUGACGCUGGUGGCGAAAGUGAUGCAGAACCUGGCCAACAUGACAGAGUUUGGGGUCAAGGAGCCCUUCAUGCAGCCAUGCAACCGCUUCAUCAUUGCGCACCGCGGCAAGAUGCAGGAGUUUCUCACCCAGCUCACCACGAUGACGUCGAACGCGACGCCAGCAAUCCCGGAUACGGAGGCGAGCGAUCUGGCGUCGCUGCUGCAGCUCUGUCUCGAGCGCAAGGACGAAAUCGUCGCACAGGCUGAGCAGUCGGAUGUGCCCUCUGUUCGCUCGCUGCCGCGUCUUUCUUGACGACUACGAGAAGCGCAUUCGCUGCCGUCCUUGCAGAGCUCGGGGAGUGAGCACGCACACACACCUUUGCGCACACGCCAUCACAUUGACUUACACACACAACCCACUACAU